UCACAGUAUGGCUGACUCUGUCUUGUAAAUUUUCGUCACCACCAUAAAAUAUCGAUUUAUUGCUGUCUGCAUCCGCCCCGAUUACAGAAAAUAUUCAGAAAAGAUACAUUGAUAGAACUCAACUGUGAUAAAGGCUCAAGAACCAUGUCAUCCGCAAAGCCCUCAUCUUGCGAUACUUUUGUUGUCCUUCCUCCCAAUACAACUGGCGGUGUGGUGUUUGGAAAGAAUUCUGAUCGUCCAUCAGAUGAGGUUCAAGAAGUUAUCCAUGUUCCGGCUGGAGAUCAUGGGAGUGGUGAUAAAUUAAAAUGUACCUAUAUUGAGAUUGAUCAAGUAGCACAUACAUAUCCUGUCGUCCUGUCCAAACCAGCUUGGAUGUGGGGAGCUGAGAUGGGAGCCAAUGAAUGUGGUGUCUGUAUCGGAAACGAAGCUGUCUGGACAAAAUUGAACUCGCAAGAGGACCUGAAGAAGAAACUCCUUGGAAUGGAUCUGUUAAGACUUGGCCUAGAACGUGGCGGGACAGCCAAAGAAGCAUUGGAUGUCAUCUGCCAGCUUCUUGAGACUCAUGGUCAGGGUGGGCCGUGUGCCGAGGGGUCAAGUUGGUCCUAUCACAACAGCUUCCUCAUCGCAGACAGAACUGAGGCAUGGAUAUUGGAGGCAGCAGCGAGCCAUUGGGCUGCAGAGCAAAUCACAAGUGGAGUUAGGAACAUCAGUAAUGAACUGAGUAUUAGGACAAAGAUAGAUGCCAUGUCAUCGGGGCUGAAGGAGCUUGCAGAGAAGGAAGGCUAUUGGAAACCAGAUGAAGGUGACUUUGAUUUUGCCAAGGCUUUCUCCGCUGGGCCUGUGGAGGAGUUGUGUAAGUCUGGAGAGAAGCCCAGUGGUCGCUACCAAUGUGGGCGGAAUCUGUUGGAGGAGCUGUCUGCAAACAAUGAGUUCAGUGCCCAGAGUAUGUUCAAAGUUCUCCGCAAUGAAGAGAGUGAUAUCUGCAUGACGGGCGCCAUUGCAACCACUGGUAGCCAGGUAUCAGUGCUCGCCCCGAGUGGAACUGACUCGCAGAGCUGUCAUUGGUUCACAGCAACCAAGUACCCCCAUUGGUCAAUCUUCAAACCAUUCGUCUUCUGCAAAGAUGCAGUCAUCACUGACAUCACGGUUUCUCCCAAUUCGGGUGUAACAGAGGCAGAAGGCUACGUCGAUCGCAAGCACAAGUUAUACAAAGUGCAUGAACAGUUCAUUAAGAUGUUGACUUCCAACGACCCACGCGGGAAAAUGCUCUUGGAAACCUUGAAGGAAAUGGAAAGCAAAUGUAUUGAGGAUGUAGAAGAAAUGCUGAAAAAUAUUGAUGCCGAAAAUAGCCGUCAAUUGGCGCAGAUAUUCCAACACAUGGCUCAACUUGAAAUGAACUUUUAUUCAAUGUGACUACUUUUCUCAUGUCAAGCUGCCAAGUAAUCCAAUGUCUUUGUGUGUGUACAUGUAGAAUUUAUAGUGCACGAAAUAUGUAUACGUAGCCUACAGGGCCCACCUGCAAGGAGAAGAGGUGUUUUGAGGAUUGUUCUUGGAAAUUUUUGUUCAGAGAAUAUAUGUGAAUAUACCGGUAAUAUCAUAGUGGCGUAAAGUCAGGGCUCUCAAUGAUCUCAAAAGUUGGCCAUUUUCUGUCCAAAUCGACACAACUCGCUGAUCUAGAUGAGACAGCUGAUGGGAGGUCUGAAGGAUCUGUUUCAAACUCAAAACAUCCAGUCAUUGUGACAAUAGUUGUGGCUUUUAGCUACAUGUAAUGAUUGUAUGCCAAUAGAUGUUAUGUCUGCAUUGAGCUGAAUGUUGCAGGUUUUAUUGCUCAAGUUUCUGAGUAUUCUGAAUCUUGGUAACAAUGAUGGCUUGAUCGAUGUCAGUAUUUGUAAGUGUAGAAAAAUGACUGAGUUCGCCUUGGCAAUCAGCAUAUCUUCAUGCAAUAGGACAUUUUAGCCUAUCAAAAUUUAAGUGAAUGUGAUAUUUUUUUUAAACAUUUUUUUGGCACUUUACAAUCGUGUUGAAACUCUUUGGAAAGGUUUCUCACUGCAAUAUUUAUGUCAGUUAUUUUGUAAUCUUUUGACAACUUCUUUUGCCAGCUGUAUAUCAAUGUUUUGAUUGUGUAUGUGCAUGUUGCACUGUAGAUUAUUGCCUUUGUUUUCAGCCAUUUUACUUAAUUUAUGAGUGCUGGCCUAGUCCCCAAUUGUCUUUUGCUGUGGAUCACAAGAAAUUAAAGACCACAGUUGCAUUUCUGUUGACAAAAACUAUUCAGGGCCUAGUCAAGUUUGUGCCAUUUCAUUUUUCAUGUUUAUACUAUUUUCAAGAUGCCAACGUAGUGUUCAUUCUGAAAGGUGUUGGUCACAGGAUAUUAAUCACUGUAAUGGAAGAUACAUUUAACCUUGUUCUGAACAUUGCGGUCCUUGGUGACACAACAAGAACUGCUACGUAGGUUUUAAAUUGAUACCCGAUGUUCACUUUUGAGCCCUUUUGAGGUAGAAAUAGAUACAUCAAAAUGCAGGCUAAGACCCGCCAACACAGUAUAACAUAUGGAUUGUUUUGGACUUUGUUUCUUUAGCAUUUCAAAUAGGCUGUUGCCAAUCAGUAUGAUGAGAUCUAUUGCUAGCCAUUGCCACUUGUCCAAUGUUUAGACUAUGUUGUAUCAAUGUUUACAUUCUGUACCUCCAUGUAAGAGGUGAAGAUGUCGUGUGCACGCCAGCGGCUCAGGGCCAGGUUUGUUGGAGUUCACAUUUUCUUAUCAAACAUGUCACAGUUCACUUUUCAUGUGUGACAUAGAGAACAAACAAGUCAUUUCCAAAGAGCGGGCUACAUACGACUCAUUAUGUCACUUUCCACCCUCAUGUUGUGACUUGUCAUGAUCGGUCAACGCCUUGUUUGUGACAAGGGAACAGAGACAAGUGACUUUGAAUAAACCUGGCCGAUGAGGAGACCAUGAAUAAAUGUCUAGUCAAAGAA